AGAUCGCAUUGUUCUACACUCGGGGCAGUCCGGGAAGCAAUUAAGGUUUUCCUUCCUCCGCAGACUUUGGAGUUCGGCUGCCAGUCCCCACAGUUAAGUAGCCACGCUUUUUGCUGGGCGGGGCGGCCUCCACACGCCUUUGGGUGUCUCUGUCUUUCUUCCGCCCCAAGAUGUGGGACUUUUCCUCAUCUCCGCUGUUGGUGGGCUGCCCUACUGCUUCACUGCCUGGGAGGGUGAGAGAAAGCUAGAAAGCGGGGCGGGGCGCCGAAAUAAGGGACCCUCCAGAGCCUGCUCCUCCAGCGUGUUUAUAAAUGUAUGCUACACACACGCGCGCGCACAUCAUUAAAUCACAAUGUUUUUAGGGUCCAGGCGUAACGUUUGAAGACGGAGUUUGAAGACGGAGUUAACGGCUAGCUCAUGGAAGUAGGAUUGGAACUAAACCUGUCUUGCUUCAGAUUGAGACCCUCCAUCUCUUACAGACUCCAAAGGAAGGAGCAGGACACACAGAACAAGCCCUAAUUGUUUAUUACAGACUGGUGCAACAAUCACAGUCAAUCUGAGAACAUUUUCACCGCUCCAAAAAGAAACCCUGUACCUUUUAACUAUCACUCCCUAUCUUUCUACUCCUCCAGCCCUAGCCAGCCACUAAUCUUUCUAUAGAUUUACGUAUUCUAGACCUCUAAUGCAAAUGGAAUUCUAUGUGUGGUAUUUUUGUGACUAGCUUUUUCACUUAAUAUUUUCAGUAUCCAUAUUGCAGCAUGUGUCAGUGUUACAGGAAAAUGAAGCAACCAGACACCAAGGGAUUCUGGAGUAUGAGGUUUAUUACUAACGUGCACAGGUCCAGAGGAGUCAGUCUCCAAAUUCUGAGCCCCGAACAAAGGAUUCUUGGGGGGUUAUAUAGUUUAGGGGUCUUCCUGUCUACAUGACAAAAGUGGGAUACAGAAGCAGAAUGUGAUAAUUGUUCUAUGGGGGGGCGGUGGUGGUGGUGGUGGUGUUAGUUCCAGCCCUACUGACUAUCCGGCUAUUUGCUUUCUCAGACGGCCUUAUCGUUCUCCUAUGGCGCCUGGGGUCUUAGGUGAACAAAGGUUUUCCAAAGCUUCCCACAUUAUCAGUACUUAAUUUCUUUUUACAGCUGAACAAUAUUGCAUUAUAUGUAUACUGUAUUUUGUUUUCCACUCAUCAAAAUGUUUGCAACUUUGGGCUAUUAUGAAUAAUGCUGCUACCAAAUUAUGUAUAAUUUUUUUGCAAAGAUAAAUUUUCACUUAUCUUGGAUAAAUGUAUAUCUGUAUCCACAUAUCUAGGAUUGAAAUUACUGGGCCACAUGUAACUCGUUAAAUAAUUAGAGUAACUGCCCUACUGUUUGAAAGGUUUUCUUAGCCUCCCUCGAGGAAAAAAUGCCAAUCAACCACAAAGGCAGUAUAGAGCUUUAUUGGGAUUUGUGCAUUCGGGCAAGGAUCCCUGGUCCACAGAGUGAGGUGAGGGAAGUUGCGCCCAAGCAGGGAAUGUGGCAGGGUUUUAUUUUGGUUGGCUCUCUUUGUGGGAGCUGGGGAUUGGUCGCCUUUGGACAAAGCGGCAAUGUAUCAUUGGCGGCUUUCCUCGGGUUCAGGUUGCUAUGCGGAUAUCCGUUUUGGCAAAGCCUGCCCUUUUGGCUCUCUGGAGCUGAAAGACCUCAGACCUCUCAAAAGAGGUCAGCCGUCUGUUCUGGGUUGUAGUUUAGCUGCCAUUUUGUCCUACCCCGCCCAUUCUGACACUGUUUUCUACAGUAGCUGCUCCAUUUUAUACUCCUACCAGCAUAGUAUGAGGAUUCUGAUUUCUCCACAUCCUGGACAACACUUGUUAUUAUCUGAUAUUUUCAUUAUAGUCAUCCUAGUGAUAGAGGAAUUCAAGAGUUAAAGAGUUUAGCCUGAGCUAAAGUCGAUAGGCUUAAGUGAUUAAUGCAUGUGGAAAUCUGUUAUUCCAGGAAGUGGAAUGCACAACCUAAGUGGCUCCAAGAGGUCCACAAGCAAUUCAGCAUGUGUGCCCCAGGGGGUCUAUAAGCAGUGGAGAUGGUAUCUGAGCCAUAGUGUUCCAGGGAGGGAAUUCAGAUAAAAAUUGUUGAUGAACAGAUAAAGAAAUACUGGGAACUUUCUCAAACUAUGGCAUUGGCGUAACAGCAGCUUGAGACAUUUGUAGUGGGUGCCAGAAGCAACCACAAUACAGGACUCAGUUGAGUCUUACCAACAGCUAAUCUUUGGAAUUAGGCUGGAGGUCCAGAAUAUCCACUGCAGCAUACAAAUUAUUUCUAGCAGAAGGCAUUUCAAAAUAGGCUACCCCGCCCCACCCCCAACCUCCUUAUCUAUCUAAAUGGCAAGCCUCCCAAAAGAACUCAAUUGUCAUAAAGCCCUUCCCUGGAAAUAGGAAAGAUUGACCUGAAGUGAGCACUACACCUAGCAGAUGUCAUUGUUAUAAAACUCCCAUCUGUUCUCCGAAGGGCCCAUUUAUCUUUCCCCAAAGUCAUUUGUUCUCUCCUAAGUGUCCUUUGCCCCCUUCCCUAUUUAGAAGUCAUUUGUUUUGCAGUAACUGCCCCUCUCCCCUUCCCCUCCUCCUAUUAAGAUGGUAAAUAAGCUCAAAUUCUAAGGGCCUUCUAGAGCCACAUUUUCCCCAGAUCUUUUCUAUAUAUCAUACAUAUGUGAAUAAAAAACCUGUCUAUUCUCUUGCUAAGCUAUUUUUGUUGGUUUAAUUCACAGGCUCCUAAUAAUGGAAUCUAAGAGGGUGGAGGAAGAGUUUUUCUUUCCCAUCAAGGCCAUGGCAAAGGCAGCUUCUGGCUCUGUGGCAAUUUAGCAGAUGAGAGUAUUGCUGGAUCUGGCACUAGAACCAAACAAGAACAGAGAGGAGCCUUGAAUCUGACUUGCAUACUGAUGUGACCAAGAGAAGGGAGGAUGCUGUCUUUCAUUUUGUGCCUGCUGUGUUCCAGCGAAGCAACAGAGAUCACUCCAACUCGGGCUGGAGCCCGAGGCGAACCCUGGCCUGAGGGGCCAACGGCUGCAAGACUGUGGUUUUCGCCAGCAAAUAUCCUGGUUCAAUGCACUGAGUGAAAAGAAUCCUGGAGUGAAAAGCUGAGGACAUUUUUGAAGAUGCCUUGGAAACCAUCUCUGUGCCUUUUCGAGCAGAUAUGGCAACAAGCAGCCAGCACCUGGCCUCACUUGAUACAAAGCAGGCCCCUGGGCAGCACAGACCAUCCAGUGUGAGCAGGUCGGCAUCGGCCAAGCUGGAUCUCAAGAGUGGCCUGGGAGAAUGUGAAGUGGCGCUGAAAUUAUUUCUGAACAACAGAUUUAGAGAUGCCUUAGAAUUGCUGCAACCAUGGGCUAAGGACAGCAUGUACCAUGCCUUGGGCUACAGUACCAUUGUGGUACUGCAGGCCAUCAUGACCUUCGAGCAACAGGACAUCCAGAAUGGCAUUUCCGCCAUGAGGGACGCCUUACAAACCUGCCAAAAAUAUAGGAAAAAAUGCACAGUUGUAGAAUCUUUCUCAAGUUUUCUUUCUAGAGGAUCAUUGGAACAGAUGACUGAAGAGGAAAUGCAUGCUGAAAUCUGUUAUGCCGAGUGUCUCCUACAGAAAGCAGCACUCACGUUUGUGCAGGAUGAAAAUAUGAUCAACUUCAUCAAAGGUGGACUCAAAAUUAGAACAAGUUACCAAAUAUAUAAGGAAUGCCUUUCUCUCCUGCAUAUAAUUCAGAAGAACAAAACUGAGCAACAAUUCUUCUAUGAGUUUGAAGGAGGUGUCAAGCUUGGAAUAGGGGCCUUUAAUUUGAUGCUGUCCCUUUUACCAGCACGGAUUAUCAGACUACUAGAAUUUAUAGGAUUUUCUGGAAAUAGGGAACUGGGCCUCCUGCAGCUACGGGAAGGUGCAUCAGGAAGAAGCAUGCGAUCUCCACUGUGCUGCCUAACUAUAUUAUCUUUUCACACUUAUAUCUCCCUCAUACUUGGCACAGGAGAGGUGAACCUUGUGGAAGCGGAGAGUCUCCUCGCACCCUUCCUCCAGCAGUUUCCAAAUGGCUCGCUCAUGUUGUUUUACCAUGCCCGAAUAGAGCUGCUGAAAGGGAAUGUGGAAAAGGCACAAGAGAUAUUUCGAAAAUGCAUUUCAGUUCAAGAAGAAUGGAAACAGUUUCACCAUCUCUGUUAUUGGGAGCUGAUGUGGAUUAAUAUAUUCCAGCAAAACUGGAUGAACGCGUAUUACUAUUCAGACCUGCUUUGCAAAGAGAGUAAAUGGUCCAAGGCAACAUACGUGUUCUUGAAAGCUGCAAUUUUGAGUAUGCUUCCGGAGGAGGAUGUAGCAGCAACCAACGAGAACGUGGUAACUUUAUUCAGACAGGUGGACAGCUUGAAGCAGAGAAUCGCCGGGAAAUCUAUUCCUACUGAGAAGUUUGCUGUGAGGAAGGCUCGACGAUACUCCGCCUCGUUGCCUGCACCUGUGAAGCUUGUCUUGCCUGCCCUGGAAAUGAUGUAUGCUUGGAAUGGUUUUCCAAUAGUGAGCAAAAGAGAAGACCUUUCUGAAAAUCUGUUGUUAACUAUUGAAAAGGCUGAGGCAACUUUACAAAAUGAAAACCUCAGCGAUUACGCGGUGGAUGACGAGUGCUUGGUGAAGCUGCUGAAAGGAUGCUGCCUGAGGAAUUUACAGCGGCCCUUGCAAGCGGAGUUGUGUUUCAGUCACAUUAUCCAGAGUGAACGGCUACUGAAGUUCGACCACUACCUCGUGCCAUUUACUCUGUUUGAGUUGGCGUGUUUGUACAAAAGCCAAGGGGAGAUGGACAAGGCCCUAAAGGCUCUGGAAACCGCGAGGAACAACUACAAAGAUUACUCCAUGGAGUCUAGACUGCACUUCAGAAUGCAGGCAGCUCUUCACCUCUGGAGAAAACCUUCCUCAGAUUGAUCAGGAUGUGAAGGAUGGAACUUCCCCUCCAUUGACACCAACGCCUGCUACAGAUUAGACCUUGGAUUAAAGUGGAAAAGUGAUCUUGUGAAUGAGAGACAAAAAUUAAUUUUAUUACCAAUAUUUUCGGUCAUUUAUGUGGUAUACUGUUGUUCUAUGUGAAUGCUGUUUUGUUUUUCCAUAUGGAGUCACAAUCAGUACUAUCUAGAAAAUUCCUAUAUUUUGCCUCUCCAAGAAUUUCAUAUUAGACUUACAUUGGAAAGUGAAGAAGUCUUUUAAAUGACUCAAAGGUACAACACAGUCUAAUUAGAUUAUUUAUUUAUUUUUUUAUUAUGGGAAUUAAUACUGUUUAAUUAGCACAUAGCUUACAAGUUGAGCCAUUUUUAGAUCUUUUGGUCCGUUAAACUUAAGAGUUAUUUUGUUGCCUAGUAUUUAAAUUUCAGAGGGGAAAUAAAAUCAAUUACACUCAAGAUAGCUUAAUAACCUUCUGAAGACUCCUGUAAAAGACAGGCAGUGAGUAUAAACAGGGAGGGGAUUAUGUAGUGAAUAGGUUGAAAAGACCCAUGUCUAGCAAAGAGGGUGACAUAGUGUUAGUUUUUUUAAUUCUUCGUGUAAGUUGAAAGUGGUGACAUUUUUGAGAGACUGUCUUGUUUUUGAAUGUACUCAUUAAGCCUGUUAUAAUAGCAAAAAUUUAAAAACUAUGUAUGUAAAGGGAAGAAAAAGUUAUAUUUUAGACAUUAUCCUUAGCAGUGAGAGCCUAAAAUAUGUACAUUGAUUAUUUUUCUUAGAGGAAGCAAAGUUCCUGCUGCUUUACAUAUGUAAAAUAUCAAUAAUUUUUACACUCGUGAAGUUGGCGAGUGAGAUCUAAUUUUCUAAUCUCUCUAGCACUGUGAUGGCUCCUUGUAAAUACCAGGGCUGUUUGGUCCUGCGAUUGGGAAGCACGGUCAGGACACUGAGCGGAAGAGAGCCCGACUCUGGGGUCCCAGCCCUGCUGCCGGGUCGCAGCUACCAGAGCGACCUUGACGGAGCCCCCUGCCCCCCGCACCCCCAUACUCUCCUUAUCUGUGACAUGGAAGAAGAACAGAUGAUUACCAGGGUCUCCUUCAGUUUUAUAGCCAUCAGUAUUUUGGGUAUUCAUUUGCAGCGGACAAUGUUAAACGUUUAAUCCAGAUCACUCCUACUUGGAGGAUGUUUGUAGUUUGCAGUCAUCACUAUCUCUACCCCCAAGCUCCCAAAUACGCAUCUUCUGUGACUAAGGUCCAAUUUGCAUCCAGAAUGAGGAAGAAAAUUUGUGAUCAGUGAAUCAGGGUUUUGUCCUGUUUCUGCUUCUAUUUUGAAGAAUAACUUGUCAUAAGAGCCCAUGCAGCUUAACAGAAAUAGCCCCAGACCGGGAGCCAGGAGCCCAUCCCUCUCAGGCCCUGGGUGUGCACAAAGUCAUUCACUUUGCGUUUACUUGUGUGCGUGGCGCUGACAGUGGCCCAGGUUAUGUGUUUACUCCCUGCUACGUGAUCCUGUCCUCAGCAGAUGUUUGCCCUGGUUUUGUUAAGCUGUUAACUCUUGACCAGUAUGGAGGAUGUAUUUCCAGUGGAGGAUAGUAAUACGGUUCGAACAGAGAACCACUGGGUGUGUGGAUGGUGCAGUGAAGGGCUCCGUACGUGCCCUUAACAUCAACUGUGUAACUUCCCUGUAGGUCCAGACAAAAGAGGAAAUAAACUGUCGUCACAACUAGUCGUGGAAAAUAUGUUUAAUAAUUGUUUUUUAUAGAACUAUGAAAAAAACCUCGUCAGUUAUCUAGAACAGCCUUGGUAGCAUUAUUUUUUUAAAGACACCCACAUUGCUUUGCAAGAAGCUGCAAGUCAGAGCAAAAGCCAGUAAAAAAUGAUCUUCCUGGUAUAAUACUUGUGUCUCGUAUACAUUGUGUGUCAUCCACAUAGUUUAAGCUAAUAUUGGUUGUUUUUAUUUAAUUUUAUCUCUGCAUUAUAAACAAACAUAAAAGUAACUCAUAUCUAUUUAAAAUAUCACUUAUGUUUCUUAUUUUUCUUACUUCCUAUUCUUUUUGUAGUUAGCUGGUAACAUGGAUAACCUAUCCAGUGGGUUAGGUUUUUAAGUGCUCUAAUAUCCCUAAUGCCACAAAUAUUAAUCCGUGGCCUGCCAUGUUUAAGAUAGUGUGGUGACAUUGGUUUCUUGUAACAUCAGCUCAUAUUGUAUUUUUGGAGUUAUUUUGUGACUCAGGCUGUUCUGUGUAGAAUAGUACUGAAGUGACAAUGUUUUAUCUCAUGUUUUGAGGGGCAUAUGCGGUAGGGUUGGGCUGCCAAUGUGUCUGACAGUUUGUGUAGUUCUUGGUAUAAUUGCCUUUUUUUUUUUUAAUGGAAACCAGAGUUCUGAUUGGUGCUGUAUAAAUUUAAGACUGAAAUAGAUGCUAUGUUUUGUAGGAUGCUGACAAGGAAGGCAUGACUUCUGCUUGACAACUAAUGGAGGGUUGACUACAUCAGGUCUCUUACGGACAUAUAUUGUCAUGUUUUUGUGCUUCCUCUGGUUACAAGAAGGUCCCAAGUUUCAUUGGAAGAUGGAGUCCAUUGAUUCUCUGUCUCUUCUGGGAGUAGGUCCAAACUGGAGGAAGAUGAAUUUCAGAUCAAUCAGCUUCAAAGAAGAUUUUAAAUCACUGAGACAGUGCAGCAGUGUAACCAUCUCUUUGCAAAGUUGUAGGUCAGCAGAGCUGUGUGAUUGUCCAUUGUACUGGGCCUGGAAGCUAAGGAUUUAACUUUGAGGUUAAAACACUGUAUCAGUCUUUGAUUGGGGCUUCAACUUAGGGCUUCAGAUCAGUGGGAUGUGUGUAAAAAUGAAAGACUUUCUUUGAAAGUCUUUUCAAAGAAAAGUUUUCUCUUUUGAAGCUACUACUUUCAGAGGUAGUUGCCUUGCAGUAUGCACUGAUAGUCCCUGCUGUUAAUACUAAUUGUGGUUCCAAUUCUCAUCCGUUCCUUUAAAGGGAGUCUGUGUAUGUUUUCAAACAGAUGUUUUUCCUCCUCUGGACAUUAAACAACAGUUUUUAAAAAAGGUCUUUGCAAUCAACUGGAAAAAUUUCUGAAAUUACUCUGGUUCGCAGGGUCGCACUCAAUCCACUGAGCUACACCCUCCAGGGCUCAAAUUACUUAUUAAUUCUUCAAUACCUAAUUGAAAUGCAUACAUAUAUUUGACAUAUUUCUAGUCUCUUUAGACAUUUCUUGAUCAAAUACAGAUAGAUAAAUAGAAAAUAGCUUACAAGUAGUAAAUAGACACUACUUUAUAUUAUGCUUUCAGAAGUAGUACAGGCUUUUCUCCAGAUCGUUUCCCUUUCCCCUGGACCAAUUAUUUACAUAUUUUUCUUUAUUUGUCAAAGCACUUGUUGUGAAAGUGCUCAGUUUUGUCUUUUAUACAUCUUCUGUUAGAUUUAGUUGCUUCAGAAUGUUGAACUUGAAACUGUGAAAAGGACACAUUAGAAGUUUUCAUGAGGGAGAAUAUCCUCUGUGCUGAGCAGUUGCUGUCUGCCCUGCACGGGGCAGAAGUCCCUGCCAGUCUGUUUACAAUCUCAUAGCUGCAGAAAGAGUAGGUGCAAGGACUGUUCAGUGGAUCGAGGAGAAUGAGCAGGUUCUGGGCCUGACCCGUCCAGAGGGUAUGUGGGUCUCACUUCAGAGGGAGUGAGCACCCUGUUCUGUCUAGGCUGCAGGUGUGCCAGCACAGUAACACUGCGACGUGACUGCACGGGAAAACUGGAGCAGCCACCCCGCUGUGGGCGACUCACACACAAUUCAGACAGAUUCCGACCAAUUGGGUAUUUAAUAGGAAAACUCAAGCAAGCUACUUGACUACCAAGCUUCGUUAGGUAAGACUUGUUGCAUAUUAAUGUACAAUAUACUUUUGUAUGUUAAUCCAGUAGUUCUUAGAAACGCACAAUUUAACAGAUGAGUGUGAGGGAUGCUGGCGUGCCAGGGUGGGAACUUCUGUUUUAUUGCCACUUAAUGUUUUCUGUUAUAUUGCUUUUACUUAUCAGUAGCCUGUUUGGCACCACUUCAGGGGGAAAGUGGUCUCAGUGCAACAACUGGUAGCCAGAGAAGUUGGGUAAAAUGUACACAUUACAGAAUAUUACUCAGCACCAUUCAUCCCCCGUCUGCCCUCUUUUACCUUUCCUCAUCCUCUUUUCCUUCUGGUAAUCACUGCACUCUUGCCUAUACCUGUGAAGUUUUGUUUUUUGUUUUUGUUUUUGCUUCUUCGCUCAAUCCCUUCACCUUUUUUACCCAGACCCCCAACCCUUCUCCCCUCUGACAGCUGUCAGUCUGUUGUUUUCUCUGAGUCUGUUUGUUAGUUGAUUUUGUUCACUAGAUUCCACACAGUGAAAUCAUAUGGUAUUCGUCUUUCUCUGACUGGCUUAUUUCACUUAGCAUAGUGCUCUCCAGGUCCAUCCGUGCCUCUUCGUAUGGCUGAGUAGUAUUCCAUUGUGUAAUUGUACCACAGUUGUUUUUUCCCCCUACUCAUCUACUGAUGGACACUUGGGCUGCUUCCAAAUCUUGGCUAUUGUAAGUAAUGUUGCAGUGAACGUAGAGGUGCAUGUAGUCUCUGGAAUCAGUGUUUUGGGUUUCUUUGGGUAUAUUCACAGAAGUGGAAUCUCUGGGUCAUAAGUCAGUCCCAUUUUUUAAUUGAAUUGGUUUUUUGGUGUUGAAUUUUAUGUAAGUUCUUCAUAAAUUUUGGAUAUAUCAUUAGCAAAUGUGUUCUCCCAUUCAGUGGGUUGUCUUUCCAUUUUGUUGAUGGUCUUUGCUUUGCAACAGACAUUUUAAUUCUUUCUUGUCAUUGUUGGAGUCAAGUGUUCAGGCGGCAGUUUUGGGCAUAGCAAAUGAGUUUAAACAGUUUUCAUUAGUCACUUUUUUUCCUGAAAUGAUUUUAUUAUUUAUAGUGGACAGUUGCUUUCUGUAGAGUGAUUUGUUUGUUCUGAAAAUGAUUUACAUGAAGAGGGAGAUCAUGGUAAACAGUGGAAAUCUUAGGCUGUUUAGUCUUAAAAAACAGUGCUGUUGGUUUCUGCUUCCCAAAGAUUCACAGAAAAACGUGUGCGUCUCACUGACAGGUGCUGUCCAGAAAAACCCCUCUGUGCUCCGCAGUUUUGUGUUCUCGUGGUGUCUUAGAGGAAGUUUUUGUAACUGAGUAGUUUAUUUAUUUUCCCCCUUUGCUACCUAUUGACAUUCAGAUACCUGAAUGAAUAUGAGCUGGUUUAUUUAUAUACUAGUGUUUUAAAAUAUUUAUUUGCACAUGUUCAUUAGAACUCCUGAAUUUUUUGAUGUUAGUUUCUAAGUCAUAGGUAAAAGCAAAAUAUAUAUUUAAUAAGUGAAAAGUAUUAUUUUAUUACUCAAAUUUAUUUCCAAAGAAAAUUUAUUUUGUAGCUACUUGGGAAUUUUUCUUUACCUUAAAACACACAAACAAAAUAAAUCUGUCUUGUGAUCUAGUCACCUUAAAAACCCUUAUGUUACCUUGUUAUGUGGAGGGGGGGGUGUUGAAAUUCUUUGGUAAUGUUUAUUUUUCACUUUUGUUUCAAUUAAACCAAAGUAGUUAGAGGCCUCAGUGUUUUGUGAAUUGAUGUACAGUUUCCUGUUGACUCAUUGAAGCAACCUGUAUGUGCUUAAUAAUUCAGUGUUUUAUUAGUAAAAAUUGCCAGCAUUUUGUCUCACUUUUUCUCAUUACGUUUGAACUUAGUCUUCUCUCUUCUCCACUCCCAGCCAUUGCGGUUUCACAGAGCGAGACGCUUUUAGAAACUGGAGAUGUGAGUUCUGUGUGGGACGAAGUGUUAGUACCUCCAUCUGCUGAGCAGGGAGCCUUGGACCUGGUACCAGAAAGGGAACUAGACUGUAGCUGUAAAGCACUUUAUCAAUAUAAGUCAAGAAGGGAGAAGAAAACUGUGAAAUUCUGAUAUUUUUAAUAUAAAACUGCAUUCCCAGUGAGUAUUCAUUUGCUGAUUUUGUGAUAGUGUCAUCAUCUGUGAUUUGUAAGCUAAUGCUGAUAUGAGGUCAGAUUUUCAUCACGAAGAUAAUGACCCCUUGUGGCCUGUUUUUAACAUUAAGACAUAUUGGAAUAUAGAUAUCAUCUUAGAAAUUGUAUUGUUAAGUGCAAAUAAAUCAUCUCGACUUGAAAGGCAAAGUUUUAUUUUUCAUUCCUUAGUAUUACAGAAUAUCUUUCAUUAUUAGGAGCAUAUUUAAGUUGCCAGGUGUUCUCAGAAUUCUGUAUUUUCAUAUCGCUCCAACUGGUUUGUCUACAACCUGCGAUUGAGUUUUUAUUUAAAUAAAUUACGCUUGAUGGAA